GAACGCCCCUCAAUAUCUUCCCGCGAAGGUGACAGCCUUGUUGUGCAAAGCUCGAAGAAGGUGGAAGAUACAUCGUGACACGUCUGUAGAAAGUUUAAGAUGGCUGACGGAAAAAUGAACUUGAUUAAAUACCUUGUUUUUUUCUUUAACUUUUUAUUUUGGCUCAGUGGAUUGGCAUUAAUUAUCGUUGGAGGUAUAAUCCGAGAUAGAUAUGGUGACUACUUAUCGUACGCUGAUAACAAAUUUGCCAAUGCAUCGGUGUUUAUUAUUAUUGUCGGAGUAAUUGUUUUUGUUAUUGGAUUUCUUGGAUGUUGUGGUGCCAUCAAGGAAAACUAUUUCAUGAUGGUUGCUUUCUCCGCUCUUCUGGGUAUAAUAUUUAUUUUGGAAAUAGUUGCUGGUGCUCUUGGAUUUGCAUACAAGAAAAAGGCUGAGGAUGUAGCAACAAAGGCAUUGGAUAAGGCAGUGGAAGAUUAUCUAAGGCAACCUGGAGCUAAAAAAAUACUUGACUGGGCUCAACAGAAAUUCAGUUGUUGUGGUACAUAUGGUCCAGAUGAUUAUAAAUUGUCGCCUGCAAGUUCAAGCUCAAAUUCAUCUACAAAUGCGACUUCCUCAGUAUGUGGAGAUAAAACACCAAGAUCUUGUCAUGCAGGAAAUGAAUGCAGUGGUUCUCAAUUUCCGGACGGAUGCAAAAAAGAGUUUAUUACGUUUCUAAAGGACCACCUUGUCACAAUUGGAGCUGUUGCAAUUGGAAUUGCAUUCAUUCAGAUUCUUGGCAUCAUCUUUGCCUGCUGUUUGAUGAAAUCUAUCAAAAAUGAAUACGAAGUUGUUUAAUGCCAAGUUGUGAAAAUAAUGGAAAGCUUCUUACAGAUAGUGCUGAUCCAUGUGUACAUUUUCUAGGGCGUUUUUUUUUUUAAUUUUUUACAAACAUUUAAAUGCAUAAUUGGGAUUUAGAUUCUCAUUUUUUGUAGCCUUAAGUAACAAUCUGUUAUUUAUUUUCAUUCUAGUUGAUAAGCAGAAGGAAUACGACUUCUUUGUUUUAUGUUUUGUAAACUGGACUAGAAAGAAUUCACUUUCAUAAA